UCCCCCUGCCGCCGGGCCCGGGAGGGGCGCGGACCAGCCGCCCGCGGGACCCUCGGACGCUGGCGCGGGGCCCCGGCGCUGGGCGGCCAUGAGCGCGCACGGCCCGCCGCCCCCCGCCGCCCCCAGCGGCCGCCCCGACCACCUGCUGGAGCCCGCGCGGACCAGAACCGGCCUCGCCCUGCUGCACCACGAAGGGUCUGGAAGCCCCUGCGACGUCCGCCUGAAGCUGACGAGAGAGGUCCUCACGAUUCAGAAACAGGACGUGGUCUGUGUCCGCGGGAGCAGCCACGGCGCACAUCACAGAACCGUGACGCUGCGCAGACAGCCCGUUGGCGGCUUGGGCCUGAGCGUAAAGGGAGGCGCCGAGCACAGGGUCCCUGUCGUCAUAUCAAAGAUAUUCAGAGGCCACGCAGCUGACCAGACAGGGAUGUUGUUCGUCGGAGACGCCGUCCUGCAGGUUAACGGCAUUAACGUAGAACACGCGACCCAUGAGGAAGUGGUGCAUCUUUUGAGAAACGCUGGCGACGAGGUGGCCAUCACUGUUGACUAUCUCAGGGAGGCGCCGGCAUUUCUGAAGCUCCCAUCAGGGUCCCCAGGGCCAGCCGGCGACCACAGCAGUGGGGCCUCGUCCCCUCUGUUUGACAGUGGACUGCAUCUGAACAGCAACCCCAGCAGCACAGAUUCACCAUCGCCUUCCUCGCCCGCAGCUGACGCGCCACAGUAUGAGAAGCGCUGGCUGGACACGCUGUCCGUUCCUCUGUCCAUGGCCCGAAUCUCCAGGUGCAAGGCUGGAACAGGAAAAUGCAGGUCUGGCGCGUUCCAGGUGCUGGCUGUGGAUGGCAUCCGCACGGGAGUCCUGCAGUUCCACACGGCCCGGGAGAGCGCCGACUGGCUGAGGGCGGUGUCCGCGACCAUCAGUGACCUGACACUGGAGAGCAUGAAAAUGGUGAAUGAGGGCUGUUCUCCUCGUGACCAGGUUGUGCACAUGGGCUGGGUCAGGGAGAGACUCGAAGGCACCAGCUCCCGUGAGACCUUCAGAUCCAAGUUCUUGGCCCUGAAAGGCUCUUUGCUGUAUGUUUUCAGCACCGCUCCGGUAAGCACAUUAGACUGGGUACGGGCAGAAAAAACCUACAACCUCUGUGAGGUACUAUUUAAACUUCACAAGCUCUGGCUGGCGGACGACGGCUGGCUCCACGAAGACUGUCACCUGGGUCCUCCCGGCUUCGCGCCCCAGCGGCCGUUCAGCUUCAGCGUCCUGGUCGGCCACGGCCAGAGUCGCGUCUUCAGCGUGGACCUGGGGAGCGAGCUGGCCGCCUGGGAGAGGUCUUUCCAGAGGGCCACUUUCAAGGAAGUUCAGAGAAGCAGGUCCAAAACAUACACGUGCAGCUGGCAAGGAGAAAUGCUGUGUUUCACGGUGGAUUUCGCGCUGGGAUUCACCUGCUCUGACAGCAAGACGAAGAAUGUGCUCUGGAGAUUUAAAUUUUCUCAGCUUAAGGGAUCUUCGGAUGACGGAAACGCUCGCGUAAAGCUGCUGUUCCAGCAUCCAGACACCAAACAAAUAGAGGUGAAGGAACUCGAAUUCCCGGACCUGACAGCCGUCCUGCACUGUGUUCACGCCUUCCUAGCAGCAAAGGUGGCCUCAGUGGACCCCGCGUUCAUGGACGGCCAGAGCUUCGCGAGGAAAAGUGCUUCUGCUGAGCGCUGAGCAUUAAAUUAUUUUCUUAAGAAAUGACUCUUUCCUGCAAAUAUUACAACUCUGUGUGAUUUUAUAAUGAGCCUCUAGUUGUGAUACCAAUAAAACGUGUCACUAGUUUCCAGAGACGCAUCACACUUCUUAGAUCUGAGAGGCCAGGGCGCUGCUGGGUGGAGCUGCGUUCACACACGUCCGCGUCCCGGGAGAUGAUGCACCUCGUGGGCCAGUCUCUGAGUCAGGCCACGGUGGGCUCUGCCCCGCGCCCUCUGCCUCCCACAUCACUAUCCUCUAGAUUGUAUUUUCAUAAAAUGUGAGAAAAUCCUGAGAAUCCCCUGCUUUACGGUCCUCAGACAGGGAAGGGUCUUGUUUUCCCUUUUUGUCAAAGAGGGCUGAGUAAGGGUGUGAUGUGAGAAAUGAGAAGUAUGCGAGAAAGGAAAUUAAUUUCAAUACUACCUUUUCAUAAACUGUGUAAUUACAUAAUGCAUCACUUAAAUGCUAAUUUAAACGACCUUCCUAACCUGUGAAAUAUAGCCUUUAUCAUGGUUUCCUUGGUUUUGGUACUGCUUACCACUUCUAAGAAGGUCCGCUUUCUAGUUUUGUCAUUGAAAGCAACUUCAUGAACCCUUGAAUCUUCUUUUAGGGAGGCAGCCUGUACUCGAAGUCCAGGUCACAGCCUCGUUUCUCAUGGCUGUGAGGACAGGAAGCACAUAAACCACCGGGCUGUAAAGUUCCGGAAAACAGUUCUGGGAAAACAGGUAGAUGUUUCCUGCCGCUGCAGGAAAGCAGGUGUGCAGUGCUGACAGCCCCAUGGCCCCGCGGGUGUGGACCUGAGCGGCUACGUCAGUUCCCUGCAGCCCACCCACCUGCCGUCGGUCGGUGUUUUGGAAGAAGAACCGUUUUGGUUUGUAAUAUACAUCAAAUAUUUAUAAUCAUAUAUUAAACACAUACUAAUAUUUAGGUGUUUGAAAUGCAUCUCCCUUCUAGAAGAUCUCUGUACAUAGUAUGUGUAUCAUAGGUAUUAUAUCUAGAAUUCCCGUUUACAUUGCAAGGGCCUCUGUGGAAAACUAAUAGCAGCAGACUGUUUAAGGUGAAUUUUAAAUAAUACUCCGGAGAAUGGUGUUCACAGAGCACGAGGCAA